GACGAGGAAGAUACCAAGAAAACAAAGAGGCGAUCCACUGAUGCACAGAUUUGCCGAGGAAGGAAGAGAGAGGAGCCGUCGCGAGAAAAAACCAGACCCACCAAUGUCGCCAGGCUCACCGAAGAGAUCAAUCGGACUGAUCUGAGUCAAGCCAUAGAUCCACUUCGUGAACUGCGAACAAAAACGGCGACCCGAGCACACUAACGACCAACAGAACCGACGGAU